AUGUGGGUCCAGGAGCAGAAGCAGCAGCAGACUGGAUAUUUCCGUCUGCCCCAGGGGGACUACUUCAUUGAGCCUGUCAAAAAGCAUCCACUGGAAGAGGGAAUACCGUACCCACACAUAAUCUACAGGGCAAAUAUCCUUCAAAAUGCUUUAAGGCAACGGCGUGAGACCACAACAGACAAGAAGCAAGCUUGUGGAUUGAAUGAUACCUUCAGCUUUUUCAAACAACAAGAGCAUCGGAGGGAGAGGUGGGAAGGAAAUCACAGGGCAGCCAAAACAAUUUCUCGGCGUUCUGUCAGCAAGGAACGAUGGGUGGAGACGCUGGUUGUUGCAGACAGUAAGAUGAUUGAAUAUCAUGGAAGUGACAAUGUGGAAUCCUACAUCCACACUAUAAUAAAUAUGGUCACAGGAUUGUUCCAUGAUCCAAGCAUUGGCAAUGCAAUCCACAUUGUGCUCGUCCGCCUUAUUCUCCUUGAAGAGGAAGAGCGAGGCUUGAAAAUAGUUCAUCAUGCAGACAAGACAUUAGCCAGCUUCUGCAAAUGGCAGAAAAGCAUCAAUCCCAGAAAUGAUGUCAACCCAAUACAUCACGAUGUAGCUGUACUUCUAACUAGAAAGGAUAUUUGUGCUGGCAUGAAUCAUCCUUGUGAAACCUUAGGUUUGUCUCAUCUAUCUGGUAUGUGCCAACCUCACCGGAGCUGUAAUAUUAAUGAAGAUUCUGGGCUGCCUCUGGCAUUCACUAUUGCACAUGAGCUUGGACACAGUUUUGGUAUCCAGCAUGAUGGAAAAGAGAAUGACUGUGAACCCAUUGGAAGACAUCCAUAUAUUAUGUCCCGGCAGCUACAGUAUGAUCCUUCUCCACUCACCUGGUCCCCAUGCAGCAAGGAAUACAUUACACGUUUCCUAGACCGAGGAUGGGGAUUCUGUCUAGAUGAUAUCCCAAAAAAGAAAGAUUUAAAGUCACCACUCAUUGCCCCAGGAGUUAUCUAUGACGUACAUCACCAAUGCGAGCUGCAGUACGGCCCCACUGCUACUUUCUGUAAAAAGGUGGAUAAUAUUUGCCAGACACUCUGGUGCUCAGUGAAAGGUUCCUGCCGCUCAAAACUGGAUGCUGCCGCAGAUGGAACUAGAUGUGGAGAAAAGAAGUGGUGCUUCAACGCAGAGUGCAUUACAGUGGGAGAGAAUCCAGAAAUAAUAAAUGGUGGAUGGGGCACAUGGUCCUCCUGGUCCCAUUGCACACGGACAUGUGGGGCAGGAGUUCAAAGCGCAGAAAGACACUGCAAUAACCCAGAGCCACAGUUUGGAGGAAAGUAUUGCACCGGAGAAAGGAAACGCUACCGCAUGUGUAACAUUCUCCCAUGUCAACGAGACACGCCAACCUUUCGUCAGAUGCAAUGCAGUGAAUUUGACACAGUUCCCUACAAGAAUGAAUUCUACCAGUGGAUUCCAGUUUAUAACACAGCUAAUCCGUGUGAGCUCCACUGCCGCCCUGUAGAUGGCCAAUUUUCAGAGAAAAUGCUGGAUGCAGUUAGUGAUGGUACUCCUUGCUAUGAAGGCAGAAACAUCCGAGAUAUCUGUAUUAAUGGCAUGUGUAAGACUGUUGGCUGUGAUUAUGAGAUAAAUUCCAAUGCAACUGAAGAUCAAUGUGGAGUUUGCCUAGGAGAUGGAUCUGCUUGUCAGACGAUGAAGAAGAUGUUCAAUCAAAGUGAAGGAUUAGGCUAUGUUGACAUUGGACUGAUUCCAAAAGGAGCAAGGGGCAUAAGAGUAGUAGAAGUGGCAGAAGCAGGAAAUUUCCUUGCAGUGCGGAGUGAAGACCCAAAAAAGUAUUACCUAAAUGGGGGAUUUAUUAUUCAGUGGAAUGGAGCAUACAAAGUGGCAGGAACAACAUUUCAUUAUGAGAGAAAAGGAGAUCUCGAAAAUCUGACAGCAUCUGGACCCACCAAUGAGUCAGUAUGGAUACAGCUACUCUUUCAGGAAAAUAACCCCGGAAUAAAGUAUGAAUACAUUGUACGUAAAGACGGAAACCUUGAGAAUGAAGUAGGGGACCCAGAAUAUUUUUGGCAAUAUGGAGGCUGGACGGAUUGCAGUGUAACAUGUGGAAGAGGUGUUCAACGACAGACAGCCCAAUGUGUGAAAAGGGGGGGAAGUGUGAUCAAAAACUCCUUCUGUGACCCAGAAAUGCAGCCAAAUGGACGACAAAAGAAAUGCAAUGAAAAGGAUUGUCCACCCAGGUGGUGGGCAGGAGAAUGGCAGAAGUGUUCAACCACCUGUGGCCCAACAGGAGAGAAGAAACGAACUGUCCUUUGCAUCCAAACAGUGGGAUCUGAUGAGCAGGCAUUGGCUGCUAAAGACUGUCAGCAUCUGCUUAAACCAAAGACCCACCUUUCAUGCAACAGAGAUGUUCUGUGCCCAUCUGACUGGACAGUGAGCAACUGGACUGAGUGCACAGUUACGUGUGGCGGUGGGGUACGGACUCGUAAAAUCAGUUGUGCUAAAAACAAUGAUGAACCAUGUGAUAUGUUCAAGAGACCAAAUUCGAAGGCUCUGUGUGGCCUCCAGCAGUGUCCUUCCACCAGACGACUAUUGAUACCCCCACUGAAACCCAAGAGAGGAAAGAUCAUAAUCAGGAAGACAGCAAUUAAUCCCAAAAGACACCCAUCAGGCAGAAUACCCAUCCCUAAACUAGGCCAAGGAUACCAGACAACGACAAAAAUACCCAAGUCCCAAAGCACAACUGCUUUGGGCUCUACUUCCUCCAGUCCUGUCCACUCUUCCAAAAAGGACAACAUGGAAAAAAGAACAUUACAAAAUAAUUCUACCAGAUCAAAUAAUGAUUAUAAUUAUCCCUCUGUGUUUAAUGGAAACAGGUCACGCCAAGAUAGUACUGUAAGUAAUAGUUCAAGUAUUGAAAAUAUAAGAGAUGUCCAAAAUGUCUCUAACAUAGAUCCGGACUCUGCUUCAGAAAGGGGCCUUGUUCAGACAGAAGGGGCUAGUCACAUCACCUCAUUAACCAGAAGUCCAGAAGUAACUCCAGGCUAUGAUUAUUUAACUGAAGAGUCUGACAAUACUGAUUGGUCCGUAGAAGGCAAUGAAAAACCUAUUGAAAUCUCUCACAAAGCCAAAAGCAACCCUGCAAUCAAAACCAAGAGCAAAACUCCAAAUGUCAGGUCUCAUGUCAUUACGACUCCUAAAAUCUCACCGACAUUUUAUCAACAUGAAUCUUCUACACAGUCUACUAGUAGCACAGCAGCAGAAAGACUGUCAUCUUCAACAGCAGUGAACCUAAAAAGUAUCAGUGUGCAAAUAGAUACACCUGUCCUAGAAAAGGCCGCCACAGAAGGACCAGUUACAAUAAAGCCACCAAUGUUAGAUAACGUAUCAAGAGCCCAGUUUGAAAAUGGAACAGAAAUGGAACCCUCUGACAAGAUAGAUUAUACCCAAAGCACCAAAUCUCCAAGUCUUGAAGAGUCUCCAAAGAACCACAGUACAGAUUCUGAGAGAAAAUUACACAACGCCACAGAACAGGACUAUGCAAGAAUCUCCAAUAUUUUGCAUGGUGAUGUGUACUGGAUAGUGGGGAACUGGAGUGAGUGUUCUACUACCUGUGGUGUGGGGGCUUUUUGGAGACAUGUGGAAUGUAACAGUCAGAAUGAAUCUGACUGUCAGCACAUUAAAAAACCUGACCGUGCAAGAAGAUGUCAUCUCCGUCCAUGUGCUAACUGGAAAACAGGAUCCUGGAGCAAGUGCUCUACAAACUGUGGUGGUGGUUUCAAGACCCGUGACGUUCACUGUAUUGAUGUUCGUGAUAAGCGAGUUCUACGGCCUUUUCACUGCCAAUUAUUAGAACAUAAACCACGACUGAGCAUUAGCUGUAAUACAGAGCCCUGCUUGGAAUGGCGUGUGGAGCCUUGGAAUGAGUGUACGAAAACAUGUGGUGGUGGUCUGCAAGAAAGACACGUUUAUUGUCCAGAAGAGGACUAUUGUGACUGGACAAAAAAGCCUAACUCCACUGCACACUGCAAUGGGCAGCCUUGUACUCGGUGGAUAAAUGGGACGUGGAGUUCGUGCACUGCUUCCUGUGGAGGGGGCAUUCAGGAAAGAACAGUAAAGUGCAUCAAUACAGAAGAUAAUGAAGCCAAAGAUCAAACUAUGUGUGAGCACGAGGUCAAGCCUCCAGAAUCUCAGAAAUGCAAUAUGCAAGAGUGCAGGAAAAGUGCAGGUCUGCUGUGCCACAAGGACAAGCUGUCCAUUAAUUUCUGCCAGAGACUGAAAUGGAUUGGCAAAUGUUUGGUGCCAUCAAUACAGACUCAGUGCUGCUUCACAUGUAACAGGCCCCGAAUUCCUAACAAAACAAGAUCUGGAAAUCAACAGCGCUUCAAAGAACAAAAUUAUGCCAAACCCAGAAGAAAAUUGCCUCCAAUCAAAAAAAGCAACAGCCAACCUCCUGCAGGGCACUAG